CCAUGUUGUCUCUACUUGGAUUCAAAAAUUCAAGUUUCCAUAGGAUCAUCCCAGGAUUUAUGUGCCAGGGUGGAGACUUUACAAAUGGAAAUGGUACAGGUGGAAAGAGUAUCUAUGGCAGUCUUCUGUCCAUGGCGAAUGCUGGACCAAACACCAACGGAUCAGUUUUUUUUAUCACAACAGCUAUCACUUCAUGUCGUCCUCGGGUACGAAGAUGUGGUGAAGAAGAUGGAGGUGUGGGAUCCCAAAGUGGGAAACCAUCAAAGCCUGUGACUAUUGCCAGCUGUGGUGUACUGUAA